UCAACCCAAGCGAGAAGCUACAACGUGCUAAUUGCGCGAGAAACGUAGUGCAGACUUGACGGUGUUAUGGGUGUGCUCAUGCUAUUGGAGUGGGUGUAGCUGAGUGCUGUGGCUUCGCGCAUGGCCUGUGUCCCCGCCGAUUCUAUGGGCGUCUAUGGCUCUCUGAGCCCCUGCCAUGUUUGGCAGAAGCAAGCAGGAUGUCGUCAGGUGCGACCAGGUUGGACUAUUUGCUUCUGUCAACGCGCACCGCAGAGUCAAUCGUGCAGACUACUAUGCAAAGCAGUCUCGAGACUGGGGCAAACCCGACUGGGCAGGGGCGCCAUCAUUGCCAAACACGCUCGCUAUAACAAUGAUCAGCACUUGUCGGUCAUGGGGCCCACGGGUAAGGAGGACAUGGUCACGUUGUCAAUGCAAUUGUAAAGUGAAUGGGCACAGGGCGAGCUCGAAUGGCAGCAGAGGCCCCCUGGUCGGGACCCAAGGCUGGCCCAGGCGAUCCCAUCUCGUGCUGGCACUGCCGGGGCCUAGUCUCACCCAGUCUCCACGCCCCAAAACCUCUGCUGGGGGAGCUUAUUAUGUCAACCCGACCUACCUUAAUUUUUGUCCACUGUCCAGUGUUGCCAAGGUGGUGUUGCUCCUCUUCCCGCCUCGCCAUCCCGUCUCGCCCGCCCGUCCCGCGUGCUCGUCAGCUAAGCUUCCCAGCAGCCCGCAGACCGCAUCACCGGCUCCUGUCUGGUCUGUCCUGCCGACUGGCAUCGCUCCGCUGCUCGCCAAGCUCGAUCGUGGCCAGCUCCGCAGCUCCACGACUCCUCCACCGUCUCGGACCGCUUCCUGCACGAACAGCCGCAUCUUGCCAUCGCCGGCCGGAUGAACAAGCGUCCCUUUCGUCGAUAAUCCAGCAAUUUCGAGCGCUCUCAUAAUUCAAUCUCUUCGAAUACUGCUCGUUGAUUUCGAUACGUGUGGUGCCACUCUUCCCACAGCCUCUCGAUCCCAAGUUCUGCGUCAUUCUCCGCACCGGUGACUUAUUAGAGCCCCAAGCGGCUG